AUGGUCUCAUUCUCUCUACCGGGGAUCCCGUCCCUGGUCUCCCUCCUCAUCCCAAUAACCUACCUAUCCAUCCUGAUCGGCUCCAUGGCCACCUUCUCCUAUCUCUACCGACGCCGGCAAGCCUUGAAGAAAAUGCGCCUGGCCCCCUACUUUCCCGCGCAUACCACCCGCAACGUCUACCUCUCUCUCCUGCACCUCCCCGAAACGACAGAGAAGUCCAAGGUCCCCGACUCCGUCCUCCGCGCCGCCCUGUUGUCGCGCGCCUGCACGGACGUACAGCGCAUUCUAACAAUCCGAAGCCGCAAGCCGGCGCUCAACACCCUUCUGCAGCGCGGCGUGGUGGGAGACGAGAUCUGGCAGCGCUUGCUGCGUGCGGAGCAGGAACUCGAGGCGGAGCUGAAAGAUGUGGUAGCCGAAGCCAAUGCGCUGGCCGCCGGGUGGGGACAGACGAUCUUCCAGUCGGCCAGCGAGAUGGUGCAGAAUCAGAUGUUGAAGGAGAAGCUGGCGGGUCAUCGCGCUGGAAUCGAUGACGAGAAGAAGUCGUGGACGGAGAAGAAAGAAGGUUUCAGGAAGGAGUUGAUGGGCGAGGAGGUGGCCAAGACAGAUGUCGAAGUGCCGGUGGCUGCUGAGGAGGCUCGUGCAACGACAGAAGCGUCGGAGAAGCGGGUGCCUAAGAUGGGGAGCAGCGAUGAGGACGGCGUGCUUGUUGAGACACCGGAAACUGCGACAAAUGACAUGGGUGGUGGUGGAGGGAAGAAGAAGAAAAAGGGCAGAAAAUGA